ACCAAGUUCCUCUCUAGCAAAACCUUUCUUUCAACCCUUCACUCCUCUCUCUCUCUCUCUCUCUCUCUCUCUCUCUCAAUGGAGUGGACCAGAGGACCCACCAUCGGCGUCGGCGCCACCGCCACCGUCUCCAUCGCCACCACCACCUCCGGCGAUCGCUUCGCCGUCAAGUCCUCCGAGCUCUCUCGUUCUAAAUUUCUCCAAAAAGAGCAACAUUUUCUCUCAAAAUUGAGCUCUCCACAUAUAAUCCAAUACAUGGGUUUCGAAAUCACUCAUGAAUUCAACAACCAACCCAUGUACAAUCUCUUUAUGGAGUACGUACCGGCCGGCACGAUCUCCGAUGAAUUGAAGAGACACGGAGGUUCAUUUACAGAGUCCAAGAUCAAAUCAUACACACAUCAAAUCUUACAGGGCUUGAAUUACCUACAUUUGAAUGGGUUGGUGCAUUGUGACAUCAAGGGUCAGAAUAUUUUGAUGGGUAGAGAUGGACUGAAGAUUGCUGAUCUGGGUUGUGCUAGAUUGGCGGAACACGGCGGCGAUACGGUGUUUUCCGGUACACCGGUAUUCAUGGCGCCGGAAGUUGUCUCCGGCGAAGGACAGGGGUUUCCGGCGGAUAUUUGGGCUCUGGGUUGCACUGUAAUCGAGAUGGCCACCGGGUCUCCGCCGUGGCCGGAGGUGAACGACCCUGUUUCGGCCCUGUACCGGAUUGGGUUUUCCGGCGAUAUACCAGAGUUUCCGAGAUGGUUUUCCGAGACGGCAAAAGAUUUUCUGAGCAAGUGUUUGAAGAGAGAUUGGAGAGAGAGAUGGACAGCUAAAGAACUCCUUCAACACCCAUUUUUUGAAGAAUUGAAUUGUGGAAAAUCUGAUGAGUUCGGUGAGAAUUCUCCUAAAACUGUGUUGGAUCAAGAUUUCUGGGAUUCAUCAAUGGAGGUUGAAGCUCCCCUGAAUCUGACCCACAUCGAUUCUUCACCGUCUGAUUCUCCUUCUGAGAGAUUCAAUCGUCUGAUCGGAAGUGAUUCGAAUUUGCCCAAUUGGACUUGUGAUGAAGAUUGGGUUACUAUUAGAAGCAAUAAUGGCAUUGAAGAAAGCAAGAAAUUUCAGGAACAGAGCAAGAACAUGGACACAGAGGAAAAACGGUUAAUUGAAACAGAGUUGUACAUGUUUUCAGGGGCUUAUUAUCAUUGCGAUUCAAUUGUUAGUGAUGAUUGGUUAGCUGAGUGGUCUGUUGAGGUGAUGAUUAGUGUAAUUGAGUGCCUUUGUGUUUGUAUUGAUUUUGUGAAGCUCUGUGUAAGUGUUUCAAAUGUUAAUGAAAGUUUUGUUCUUGUUCAAUUUGAAGUUCUCUCUCUCUCUCUCUCUCUCUCCUUUUACUUUUGUGUUUGUUUUAUUGUUUUUUAGGAUUACUUACUUUAUACAUGACUCAUUUUUUUGGUUUUA